AUGAUAGUGUCCAGUAUAAAGGUCGCCAACAACUCUCGUCAAGUAACUGGAGCUGUGUUUUUUGACAUUGAAGGGGCUUUUGAUAAUGUCGUGCCUGACACACUCCUGGCUAUGUUGCCUUCUUUUGGGAUUCCUCCCAAAAUGCUAGCUUUCUUGGCCUCAGUGGUGAGCUUCCGAAGGUUGAAAGGAUUCGCUUCUGGCACUUAUGUUCAGACUCGUAACACAAGUCGAGGACUACUUCAAGGGUCUAUCUUAAGCCCUAUAUUGUUUAACAUUUAUGUGUCCCUGGUCGAGUCCUGCCUAUUUACAGAUGUUAAAGCCCUUAUAUACGCGGACGACAUAGUUAUCUUCUGUUCAAACUCCUCAGUGUCAGUUGUCGCUCAGAAACUAAAUACGGCCCUGGACCGGGUACAGUUCCACUUAACCUCACUCGGUCUUCGAGUCUCACCCAGUAAAUCUGUAGCCACCUUCUACUCACUUUACCCCCUAAGAAACAUGAAGUGGCUCAUAAAAAAGAAAGGAGUAAAUGUCCACAUAAGCGGGGUUAAACUCAACAUAGAGUGGACAAUACUGAUACAAGGUUCCUUGCACGUCAGGCUGAAGAUCCACAACAGUAUCUCAGCGACUUCCUCAGAAACCGCGGCGUCUCUAGGGUGUUCUUCACCGACGGGUCUCGAACUUAUUAACUAUGAACGAGUUGUCAUAGUCUCUGACUCUUUCAGUGUGAUCUCUUGCUCUGGGUCAACUGACCCUAAAGGUGCACACUCUCCGCUGAUAUAUCAAAUAAAAGAAUUAGUGUUGGAACCUAAAAGUGCUGGCGUCUCGGUGGUGUUGAUGUGGGUCCCUAGACACUGCACCAUAAGUGGCAACGAAAAGGCAGACAA